AUGGCUCUCACAGACACCUGGGCGAGAUACCUCGCCCAUGACGCGCCUUGGAUGGAAUCAGCGCGCGCGGUUUUGUCGCCUUUGAAGAACUCCAUUAUUCAUUCUCAUCCCACAGUUACCCAUCUAUUUCGCCAGGUAGACACUGUAGCAGAGAACAUUCUAUCUUUCUACGCCCCCGACCUCCCCCCCAGCAGCCGUCAGAAUAAUGGCUUGCCUCUUAUGGACGGGAAAGAUGUGUUUAUCGUCAUCUCCCUUUAUCUUCUCCUUGUAGCUUUUAGUCUUCUCGUAGGCCGCGGCGCGGCCCCACAGGCCGCCGUGCAAAAGAGGGAAAAGCCUCUGCUAGAGAAAAUCGGGCCUGUCUUUUUCUUUCAAGCCAUAUACAACAUAGCACAGGUGGUUCUUUGUGGAUUUCUUGUUGUCCGCGUUUUUGAUGUAUGGAGGGCAGAAGAAUAUUCCUUCAUGUGCAACCGAUUUAACGUGCCUAACACGCGUAUGGCGGAGGUCACCUGGUUCUUUUACAUGCUGAAGUAUGUCGAUCUUUUGGACACGGUGUUUAUGAUAGUGCGGGGAAAUUGGCGUCAAGUGUCCUUCUUGCAUGUUUAUCAUCAUUCUUCCGUCAUUUAUAUCUCCUGGGUAAAUGCCAGUGUUGGCUACGAUGGAGAGAUAUACUACGUUGUCGCACUCAACGCCUUGGUCCACGUGGUAAUGUACGCGUACUAUUUUAUGGCGAGUCUGAACAGCCCGCUGGCUCGAAUGGUCAAGAUAUUUGUAACGCAGUUGCAAAUGGCUCAGUUCCUGUCUAUGACUGCACAUGCUUGUUACCAUGUGUAUUACUACAAGACCUGCCGCUACCCGCUGCGCGUGACCAUUGGCUACUUCUUCUACGUCCUCAGUCUCUUCCUCCUCUUCCGUAACUUUAGUAAAAAGACAUACGGGGCAAAAACCGCCCCUCAACCCCCCACCAGCACUGUCACACCCAAGACAGACACCAGCAACACAGAAACCAGCAACAAAGUAAAGGCUGCUUAA